GAUGCCGAGCUUUCUACUGUCGAGUCAUUCCUCACUCUAAGCUCUUCCUCGAACAUGCCUUUGUUCUGAUGCCCUUGUCAAACGAGGAGGAUGAUGAGGUCGGGGGUGAGUCUGAGGUCAUGAGGGAAUAUCCCCCUCCCCCUGCUAUCAUCCCUAUAAGUGACGGGGACAAGGAGGAAGGUGAUGACCCUUUUCCCGCGCUUCGAGAGGAUGUUCUGGGAACCCGCAACUCUUACAGAACUUUGGGUUUAGGUCGUUACUGGGGACUUGGUAGAGUCUGA